GAGCAGAGCAGGAGGCAGGCAGCCAAUCAGCAGGCAGAUUGGGUCCCAGCAGGGCUGCCCAAUGGGCAAAGCCCAGAGGACAAAGGGAGGGAGCUGGGCCGCUGGAGGAAGGCACAAGAGGUGAUGGGAGACACCAAGGAGGCAUAGCAGCCAAUUCCACCUGUGACUCCUAAGGAGAACCCCCAAAUGAGAAGCCAUGGCUCCCAAAGCAAAAGGUAAAGGUAAAGGUAAAGAAGAACCACCACCACCACCACCACCUCAACCACCAGCAGCUGCACAAUCGUCAUGGAAACACCGUUUAAAGCUGAAAGCGCUUCCUCCGAGACUCAAAAACAUGCUCUUUGCCACCUUUGCCUUUAUGUGCUUUUGCAUCUUCGUCGGCUCCUGCGUAGGAUAUGCACAGCUGGCCUUAAAAAAGAAGAACCCUCUUGAAGAGCCAUUGCAGGGAGUGAGAAAAACCAUCGCAAAGGCCCACAAAAGCCAACAGCUCAAUUAUGCAGGUUACAUACAGGUAGCAGAUGAAGUCCUGCAGCUGCCGAAACACUUAGCAGAAUCUGAAAAGGCCUAUGGCCACCGGAAAGCGAAGUACCAGACCAUCUUCAAGAAAGGGAAGCUGUCGCGGUCUGGUGAUCACUGGGAGGUUUUUGGGAGGAGCCUGUUCUACAUUUCGGACAUAGAGAAGACCUGGUACGACGCCGAGAACUUCUGCACGUCAAGAGAUGCCCACUUGACUUCUAUCCUGACAGAUGAUGAGCAGUUCUUCCUCAGUACUCAGCUCAGUGAGCCCACCUGGAUCGGCCUUUCAGAUGAAAACGUGGAGGGCGACUGGGAAUGGACAGACGGCUCCCGGGUGAUAACACAGUAUUGGUCUCGCGGUGUCCCCACCCCUCUGGAUGACUACUCAGAUUGUGCGUUCAUAGACCCUUCUGUUGACGGACUCAACUGGGAGCAUUCCGACUGCCACCAACUGAGAAGGUGGGUUUGUAAGGAGAAGCUGGAUAUUGAUGAAACCUGAAUUUGGCACGCCUGGUUUUUGGAGCGACAGAAGAAUACGGCAAGGCAGAAGACCCUUCUUUUCAGAGUCAAGCCCCUUCGGGAAAUCUACUGGUCACAAUAAAAGACAUCCAAUUCCAUUAAACAUAGCUUCUUCUGACAACA